AUGAAGUUGGUUUUGACUGGUUUGAAGGAAGCUGAUGAGCGUACCGAAUAUGUGCAGAACAUUUACUCUCGACUGCUUUGCUCAUUGCAUGGCCGUCUUCUCUGUGGUGUGUUCCUGAUCACGAUUUAUUCGUUAUCCGCAGUCGGAGUCUACUCAAUGAAGUCGACAUUCGAGCCGGCAAAAGCGUUUCCUUCGGAUUCGCCUCUCGUCAGAAGCCUUAAGCAUAUGAGGUUUGUCAUCUAUCUAUUCUCUUGUUCUUGUUCUUCGUCUUCCUACUUUCUCUUUUAUAACUUUCGUCAUAUUCUUAGAAAUCGAAAGCGUUCACAAGUACGAAGUAAUCGAACGGAAUUUUUUUUCUAUUAA